GUGCGGGUCGCUUUUCGUAGUCUCCGCGUUUAUAUCCGUAUAAAUCGGGAAUUUCGGGAAUUAAAUCAAAAAAGUAAAGUGAGGUGCAGUUGUGUAGUGAAAGUGUAAGUGAAAGUGUAGUGUUUAGUGCAAAAAAUGUGUUGGUUCCAGAGCGACAGCGGCGUUGGCGAUAUGGCAAAAGGCGAAAAUGGCUGAAGGCGAAAAUGGCAAAAGGCGAAAAAGUGAAGUGUAGUGCAGUGAAGUGAUGUGCAGUGUAGUGUUGUUGUUAUUAACUGAAAACUAACAAAAAAGAAAAGAAAAUGUGUGGGCUCAAAGGCGGCACCGGCGGCGGCGAAUUGGCAAAAUGGCGAAAAUGGCAGCAUGGCGUACAUGGCGUCGGCGAAUUGGAAAAAGGCGAAUAUGGCAGCUGUGCGUACAAUGAGUACAUGGCAGCGGCGAAUUAGUAAAAAGGCGAAUGUGGCAGCUUGGCAUACAAAGCGUACAUGGCGGCGGCGAAUUGGCAAAAAGGCGAAUAUGGCAGCUUGGCGAAAAAGUGAAGUGAUGUGCAGUGUAGUGUUGUUGUGACUGACUAAAAAUUAACAAAAAAAUGUGUGUUUAGUGUAAGCAAAUUUAUUGGCGGCGGCGAAUAGGCAAAAUGGUGAAAAAUGGAAGCAGCUCGGCGGAUAAAUGUUGGCGAAGAAUGCGGCUAAAUGGCAUAAAAGGCAUAUUAUAUUGUGCGUAAAUUCUUUUUUUCAUGUGUAAAAAUUAUUGCCUCAGUUCCAGCAAAAAUUGUGUAUGUGUGUGUAAAUUUGGCGCUAAGUUUGUCCCUUUCCCACUCCAGCAUAAAAUAGCGCAAUGAAGAAAGAGAGUGAAAAGUGAAAAAGGAACGCGAGUCCCAAGUGAAGUGAGUGAUAGGGUGAGGCAUUUCAAAUCUGCUGAUCUGACUCUCUCUCAUCUUGUGUGUUCACACGAACUUCCGUCCACUUAUGCCUCACCUUAAAUUAAUCUCAAAUGCGCGCUCGUAUUGGAAAUUUCGUGCGUUUCGUUUUCGGUUUGCGCUUUCGGUGCGGGUUCCGUCGGCGAAGUCGUCGUGCGGUGUCUCUCUUCUCUCUCUCGGAUUGUCAGAGCGAACUUUAUGUGCAGCGCAGCAAAAGAGCAGCGCGCAAGCAAAACUAACGGGACAAUAUCGAAUGCACUCUCUUCGAAUCGUCAGAGCGAACUUUAUGUGCGGCCACUAAGCAAAGUGUUUGCUUAGUGGCAGCACACAAGGAAAACUAACGGGACAAUGUCGACCUCCUGGCACACGGAAACUUUUGCUGAUGUUUCAAUUAAAUACAGUGCGUUCAGCGACAGACACCACAGAGCAAAACCCGGAGUAGUGGCAGCCCGAAAAUAGAAAUAGAACGAGAAAUAAAAAGAGAAAGGGAAGGACCCACUGCCAAAUAGAAGAGGAGCAAACACAAAUAGGGAAAAACGCGCACAGCAGACAGGAUAUGGCAUGUAAAUGUGACUGAGGUCUGUGUGUUUGUGUGGGGGUGUGUACUGUACAGUGGAGCACGCUUAAUAGGAGAAGCAAAUAGCAACGAGCUCAUGGAAAAUAAAUAUAAAUAAGCAGACGACAGAGCGAGCCAGGACAAGAAAAGCAAUUGGUUGACGCUUUCCCUCGUUGGCGGUCAAGGGAAAAUUUAUUGCAUUGCACAAAUGAGACAAGAGGAAAACGCAAACGAAGCAAAAGCAAACACAGAUAGAGCCAGUGGGAGAGGUACAGUUAGAGGAAUAGGGGAAAAAAUAGGAAAAAUAACCAAAUAUUCCGCAACAAAUUGAAAAAUUAAAGUUUCACCCAAGACGAAGCUUGUUCGUUGGAAAUAGAACGACAAAAACAUAUAGAGAAAGUGGAAGACAGUGUGAAAAGUAUAGAAAAAGAAGGUUAAUGCAACAACACCAUGGAUGCCCCACAAUAUAAACGUUGCCAUCUCAUUCUCGCCUGGAUUCUUCUACAACUCUGCUACGAAGCCGCGGAAUGCCUGACAAUGACCGAAAUCAAAAUACCCAAGCACAUAAUGCGGCACGAGGAUGCCGCGCUCGGUUGCAAGUUUGAUCUGGAUGGAGAGUCGUUAUACUCCGUUAAAUGGUACAAAGAUGGCUUCGAGUUCUAUCGCUAUGUGCCGAGGGAUAUGCCGCCGGGGCAGGUCUUUCCCCUGCCAGGAGUUGAUGUUGAGUUGCAAAAUUCCACGGACGUGGUUGUUGUUUUACGUUCGGUUAGCCUUCAGUCGACUGGACGGUAUCGCUGCGAAGUGUCCGGCGAGGCGCCUUCGUUUCAGACAGUUUCCGGUCACGAGGACAUGAUUGUUGUGGUGACACCAAAGCAUGGACCACAGAUCACCGGCGGACAGCCACGCUACCAAAUUGGCGACAUGGUGCGCGUCAACUGUACCUCGGCGGCCUCCAAGCCCGUUUGCCAUCUCAGUUGGCUGAUUAACGGGAUGCACGCGAAUCGCUCCCUGCUGCGUCCCUACGAACCGCUGAUUGUGGGCCGCGAGGGUCUGGAGGUGGCACGACUGGGGCUAGAGUUUCGCGUCCGCGGAUGACAUUUCAAGCACGGCGACAUGAAGCUGAAGUGUGUCGCCAAAAUCUCCUCCGUGUAUUGGCAGAGCAACGAGGAGAGCGUGGAGAGUGACAAGCACCAGAGAAUACCCGUUCUCGAGUCACGGGAGACGGUCAUGUCCAAGUCCCGCCAGUCGCUGGACAAGUCCCAGUCCACCCUGGAAGACAAACAACUGAAGAAGAGUCGACGCCCCGCAGCGGCCACAUCAGCGGCGGCAAGUGCCGCCUCCUCCAGUGCGGCAGCAGCAUCAUCAUCAGUUUGGGGCACGGUAGCGGGCUCAUCUGCGUUCUGGUCACGCAUAUUAGCUUCCAAAUCAAUUGCACGCAUCUCCCUCUACGCGCUGCCAGUCUUAAUAGCAUUUCUGUGUAGCCUUCCCACGACCAUUCAGGGGAGCGGCUGCUGCUCCUGCCUUUGGAGAUGGACUUGCAACAGGAGGAUGGCCGGCAGCAGGCGGCUGUCGACCCAAUUAAACAUGGACGCUGUUCCACGAAGAUAACAAUUAACAAAGAUGUUGGUCAAUAGAGAUGAUGAGGAGGAGGUGGAGGAGGCAAAGCAUCCAUUGUUUGAUUUGAAAAUCCCAUCAAGUUCUUUGUAAAUAUUGAAUUUACAUCAAGUAUACGCCGCAUAUUGGUCCUGCUUCAUGUGUGUCUGUACAUAUCUAUAAAUAAUUAUUAGAUGGAGUCUAUUUAUAGCAUAGAAUGUCGUUGUUCCUCUUUGGGCUUUCCGCUUCUUAGCUCCUAAGAAAAAUGCUCAAAGUUGUUUGCUAAGAAAUACAAAAACAGAAAAACAAACAAAAUAAAAGUGAAGAAAACAAUUAAAGAAAAAACAGAAAUAAAUAUCUAAAAUUAAGACAGAAAAGUACGUAUGCUUAACAUAUAUUGUAUAGACAUUUUAAGCCCAAGUAAGUAGCCAAAACGAUUAGAGUCUAAGGAAUACCAAUAUUUAAUCAUUUCAUAGUCUAAGCACAUCCUUUGGAUGAAGAAAGAAAAUAAUCCUAGUGUAUUUGUGUUAGAAAUAAUGAUCUUAAAAGUUGAUCCAAACUAAAGCUUAAAAUAUAGGCAAGGUAGAACUGGAAUAGUUGGAGAAUAUAAUACAAAGCGGUGUAUAAAAUUAAUUUAAAAUCCUUGUACAGGCGUACAAAAAUAAUUAAAACAUGAAUCGAUAUUUAUUAUUUUCCUUGCUUUUUGUAUUGCUUUCCAGGAAAUAUAAAGUUCGCAUUUUUCAUUGCUUAACUGUAGGAAUCCAAGAAAUAAAAGUAGCAUAAGAUUGUAUAUAUUUUAAGGAUAGUUUUCUUGAUACGUUUUGAAAGUAAAGUAAACCUUAAGAGCUAGAGAUGGAUGUGUGUCGAAUAAUUGUAAAAUGUAAUUAGUUUUCGCAGACGACACUCUUCCUUCUCUAAUACCAAAAUACCAGCUAUUGACCGUGCAAAAGCUAUGUAAUUGUAAUGCUAGGCAAAAAGAAAAACUCCUCACUCACCCUCUGCCAUUCAUCGAUUUCACUGAACUUAUACGUAUGACGCACACCUUAAGGCAUAUCUCUAUAUGUGUAACCCUCCCUCUUGUAUGAUGAAACCAAUUGUUAAAUGUUAAUAGGCUAAGUGCAUAACUAGUGAAAUUAUAUUCAAAUCCAUAGAGAACUUAAGCCAAAACCCUGUGUAGCAGUGUAAAUCAUACGGAUAAUGAAUGUUAUUAAGUCUUUAAAGAAAUAAAGAAUGCAACAACAAACAAAAAAACAAAAAC